AUGAACGAACAAGAUCAUAUUAUAUCUGAUAUAGAUCAAAAGCAAGUAACUGAGUUUAUUGUCGAGACUUCUGAACGUUUGUCUCUAAAAACAACUUUGUUGGAGCAAAAUUUGGCAAUUGCAGGCAAAUGGCCAGAUGACUCCUUCUUUGUAAAAAAGGAUUCAACGUUGAAAAAGAACACUGCUUUUGUUAAAAAAGUGCGCAACUUUCUCGAUAGCCAGAAAGAUGCACUUUUAUCUGAGUUCGAGUCUCUGAAUCUUUCCAAGUAUGUUGAAGAAGUCGCAACCGCAAUCGUUGAGGCGAAAAUAAAACUAACUGACAUUCCUUUUAUGCUGAAAUUGUGUUCAGCUAUGUAUCAGCGAUAUUCAGAUUUUGGAGCGUUGUUUUUCGAUGCCUGGAAGAAAUCUUUUGCUUCCCACAAAGAUUUGAAGAACACUAAUCUUUCCAAACUACGAGUUGAUUUGGCCUUAUUCGCUGAUCUAAAUACGAUCGGAAUAUUUCGAGAGGCUGAUGGUCUCCGACUGUUAGCUGGUCAGUUGACUCUUCUAGCUGCAAAUGAUCAUGAUAAUUUCUCUAACAUUGGGAUACUUUGUAGCUUCUGUAGACAUUGCAGUGACGACUGGAUCGGAGUUAUUCCACGCCGCAUACGACUGUUAUCUGAAAAGUAUGAAAUGCCGGUCCCACGUUCAAUUUUCAUGUCAUCCGAACGUCAAGCCAAAUGUCGUACCCUACUCAAUGACUACCUAGCUGGAGCAAUGCGUCGUUUACAAAAUAUGGUCAAAGAAACCCAACGAAUUAUUUCGGGUAACAAAGACCAACUUGAAAGUCGUGGUGAAGUAAGCGAAGAAAGACAAGAACGAGCAGAGCAUCUAAUGUCAGCCUGUCGUAAAUUUCAUGAAUCUUUAAGUACUUUAGCAGAUCUAUUGGAUGCAGAUCCACCACUCGAUUUCUCAUCUAUGAUUAAAGAUGAAUCUACAUCAGACUUGAUUGAAAUUGAUUCAACCGAAAAAGUUGUUCAAGAACAAGUUAAUCUGUUUGAAGAUGAAGAUACGCGUUUGUUUUACGAAAGUUUGCCUGAUAUCAAAGCAAUGGUACCUGCAAUUCUCUAUAAAGAAAGUGAACAAGCUGGUGUAGACUCAAAUCAGCCUAAGAGUGAAGAUGGAGAUUCUGUCGGAACUGAAGAUAUUGAUAUUGAUACAGUCGAGUCAGAAUUAGCUAAAGAAGAAGCGUUAAUUAAAGUUUCAGAAGAUAAUAACGAGUCGUCUAAUUGUACAUCUGUACCAGAUAAAUCAAGACCAUUUCUAUUCAACACCGAUGAUGGUGAAGAAGAUUUAAAUCCUUCAGGCAAAGUUCUUAUGGAAACGUUUUUAACUCAAUUACCAAACUGUAUUAAUCGUGAUCUUAUUGAUCGAGCAGCUAUCGACUUCUGUUUGAAUCUAAAUAAACGAGCCAAUCGUCGACGACUUGCUAAAGCUUUAUUUAGUGUUCCAAGAACGCGUUAUGAUUUAUUGCCAUUUUAUGCACGCUUUGUGGCUUCACUAGCUCCAGUAAUGCCGGAUUUGGUACAAGAUAUCAAUUCUAUGCUUACAGCAGAAUUCCGUUGGCGUUUGUCUAAACGAGAUCAAUUAAAUAUCGAAUCCAAAUUGAAAGUGGUUCGAUUUAUUGGGGAACUUGUCAAAUUCAAAGUUUAUCCAGCUCAUCAAGCGUUAACUUGUCUAAAACAACUUCUUCCACAAUUUGUCCAUCAUAACAUUGAUAUGGCAUGUGCUUUGUUGGAUACUUGUGGACGUUUUCUGUAUCGUUCACCUAUAUCACAUAAACGUACAAAAGUUUACUUAGAAGUAAUGCUUAGAAAAAAAGUUGCAUUACACAUGGAUCAACGUUAUUCCAUUAUGAUUGAGAAUACAUAUUAUUAUUGUAAUCCACCACCUUCAGAUCGUCGUCAGAUUGUGGAACCUGUCAAAUUGACACCUCAAAUGAUGUUUAUCCGUCAUAUUUUACUUACAAAAUUAGAUCGAACUACUGUUAAUUCAGCGUUACGGUUAAUUCGAAAAAUGGAUUGGGACGAUCAAGAACUUGUCGAAUUCACAUGCACCCUUUUCACUAGGGCAUGGGAUAUUCGUUACACUAAUAUAAACUGUCUAGCUAGUGUAUUAUCUGGACUGGCUACCUAUCAUCCAGACUUUGCCAUAGCUGUUGUAGACAAUGUCAUAGAAGAUAUCCGAGUUGGAAUGGAGCUGAAUCUUCCAAGUUUGAACCAGCGUCGAAUUGUGAUGGUCAAAUAUCUUGGUUUGUUGUACAACUACUGUCUGGUAGAUUCUCCUGUGAUAUUCAAAACACUUUACUCGCUUCUCACAUUCGGUGUUAGCUUUGAUCUUGAUUUCCCAAGUAUUAUCGAUCCACCAGAUUCAUUAUUUCGAAUUGUAUUAAUUUGUACACUGCUUGAAACAUCUGGAAGUUUCUUUGACCGAGGGAAAAAGCGACGGAAAUUAAAUAUAUUCCUUAUUUACUUUCAGCGUUACUACUGGUUCAAACGUUCUCUUCCUAUAUGGGUGCAGUCAAAAAACGACACUGAUUCAUUAUCAACCAAACCAGUGGAUGAAUCAAAAACCGAUCUGCAUAAUGGUGAAGUGACGUCUUCUGCUGAAGAACCUGUUGGAAGUCAUUCUGAAGAUUCAUCAACACCGACACCCACUAAUUUUGAAUCAUCAGCUGAUAGUUCCGCUACUAAUUCUGACAUUCAAACUCAUUUGCCUAUUUUUGUUCCUAUGCGUUUUCCUGUUGCAGUAGAGCAACAGUAUUUUGAGACUUUACAACAGUUCCGUAGUAAUGUUGGUCGAGCGAAAAAUUUCGCUCAGGCACAGCGUCUUGUCAGUCAUUUAGAAGCACGUUGUAUGCCUCGACUUGCACGCCUUAAGGCUACAUAUGGAUUGACAAGUGAAUCAGAAAACAUGGAAAAUGGUAGUCAAGAUCAGAAGAUAGUCUCGGAAAAUAAAUCACUUCGACGAACUGGUCCUGGUCAAAUGGAUACAAUAGCUGAAGAGGCCGAACAAGAAGAUGGAGAUAUUCAGCUGGAUGACGAUGAGUAUGCUAUGGAUGAAGAUGAUUCUGACGAGGAUGAAGAAGAAGACGAAGGUGAUGAAGAACGAGGUGGUGGAAAUCGUUCACCUCAUCGCGGUCAAUCUACUGACUUAGUGAAUUCAGAUGGUAGUCGUCGUCGUUCCCGCGUCGAUAGCCAGCAAUCUCAAGAGGAUAUUGAUCAUACACUAGUCAAUGGCAUAGAGAAAUCAGAAGAAAAAGAACCAGAUGAAGAAGAAGAGGACGAGACUGAUCCGGACUAUGCAUUGAAGCCACGAUUUAUCGCAUGUCCUGAAGAUGCUGAAUUCUGUGAAGCUUUAGAUAAAAUGAUUGCUGAAGCUUUAUUAUCAUCUUCUACAUCAGGGAAUAGUGGUGUUGGUAGUAGUAGUGUUAGUAGUAGUGGUACAGUUGUUGUCAAUGUAACUAGCGUUAACAAUAUUAAUAAUAUCGAUACAAAUUCUACAUCAUCUCGUAUUCCCAGUGUAAAUGUUCUUCCUGCUCCAGAUAUACUACAGCUGGCAGCAGCAAAAAAUCGUUUAGCCAUCAAAGAUAGUGGUGGUUCAUCAUUAGCAACAACAACAAAUAAAAUUGGUCAACAAAUCGUGAAUCAUAAUGGUUCGAUCCCGAUUCAUUCGAUGCCACCAACCAAUUCGAAUGAAGACAAUUUGAAAAUGAACAAUUCUCAUAUAUCAGCUAUGAAUGAUGAAGAUAAUCAGAAUACUGUACCAUUUACAUUAGUUUCACGUCGUGGUAAUAAACCGUAUCUAAUUCCGUUGGCAGUCCCUGAUUCAGUACAAUUUGCAGCACGUUAUAUUCAAGCUGCAGCUGCGGAGAGAGAAGAAAAAGCUCGAAUGAAACAACUGGUGCUUGAAAUGCAUGAAGCGCAGAAAGAAGAAGAAAUGGAAUGGGGUCAUUACGGCGGUCCGGAUGCUGUUUUAGCUCAUCAAUUCCCUAUCAAUGUGAAUCGUGAUCGUUGGGUAAAGUAUAACCAUCCAAAAGGGGCACCAGAUGCUGAUGCAGUUUUUGGAACACAUAGUCAAAAACGAUGUGCCAACUGA